GUGUCUAUCUUCCCACGAUCUAUCUUUUACCGUCGGCUAAACUUCGUUCUCCUGAAUCUCGACAUCGACUUCUGAUCCCUCCUCCACUCUAAACCCUAACUUCUUCGUUCGCGCGCUUCGACGACCGAAGCCGCCGGCAAUUCAAUUUCUCUUCGGCGACUGAUACUCGUCCCACCGAAUAUUUCACUCUUCAAUAGGUGAUGGAAGGAGAGAAUACAACUGAGCCGCUGAAUUCGGCGGCGGCGCCUACGGGACAAGGUUUAUUCGUCCGAUCUUCUCCAAGUGAUUCAGUAUUGGCCACUGCUUCGAGUAUAUCUCUUCCGGACCAGAAGGACCAAUCCUCUAUGUCUGUUGCUACUACAGUUUUUGUCUCUCAGUCAGUUUCAUCUUCUGUGCAGCAUUCUAAUGCAGCAGCCUCCUCAAAUAUUAAUCCCAUACCUCAAGCUUCACCAAUGCUACCAAAUCCGCCUUUUGGUCGACCAGGAACACUCGCCCCUCCUGGACUAAUGACAUCUCCACCUGCUUUUCCUGGUUCCAACCCUUUCUCUACAACUCCAAGACCCGGGAUGUCUGCAGGUCCUGCUCAUAUCAAUCCUGGUAUUCACUCGCACAUGUAUCCUCCAUAUCAUUCACACCCUACAAUGCAUGGAACGCCUCAAGGAAUGUGGUUGCAGCCUCCCCAUAUGGGUGGUAUUCCCAGGGCACCUUUUCAUUCGCAUCCUACUCCUUUUCCUGGCUCUUACCCUUUUUCAGUUCGUGGAAUUUCUCCUCACCUACCAUAUUCUGGUCCUCAACCGCUUGGAGGCGUUCCUAUCGGAAGUGCUGGCAGUGUUCAGGCGUUACCAGGCCAUCAGCUUGAUAUUUCUCCCAGGCAAAAGACAGAAGCACUCUCAGGAAUCGAUGACAGAGCUGGUUCUCAGCUAGUAGGAAAUCGGGUGGAGGCCUGGACUGCACAUAAAUCCGAGACAGGAAUUGUUUACUAUUAUAACUCGGUGACAGGGCAAUCGACCUAUGAAAAGCCUCCUGGGUUUGAAGGGGAGCCUGAUAAAGUGCCGGUGCAGCCAAUUCCUGUUUCUAUGGAGAAUUUACAUGGGACGGAUUGGGCUCUUGUGUCCACAAAUGAUGGCAAAAUGUAUUACUACAACAAUAAAACAAAGGUAAGCAGUUGGCAAAUUCCGGCCGAGGUUAGAGAUUUGGCGAAGAAAACAGAGGAGAUGUCUACGGAGAGUUUAGCUCCUUUGUCAAGUGCUGAUUUAACGGAAAAAGAUUCGGAUCAAUCGACUUUGAACGCACCUGCUAUUAGCAAUGGUGGUCGGGAUGCCACAUCUCUCAGAACUACAAAUUUUCCUGGUUCCUCGACACUUGAUUUGGUUAAAAAGAAACUACAUGAUUCUGGAUUGCCCGUCUCAUCGAUGACAACAUCUGAAGCAAAUGGUGGUAAAGCAAUUGAGGUCACACCUAGUGGAGAGAGUGGAAAUGGUAUGGGUAAGGUAAAAGAUGCUCCUGAAGCUGGUGACCUUUCUGAUUCUUCGUCAGAUUCCGAAGAUGAUGAUAGUGGACCAUCGAAGGAAGAGUGUAUUAAACAGUUUAAGGAAAUGCUCAAGGAGAGAGGAAUAGCACCGUUUUCUAAAUGGGAGAAGGAACUGCCAAAAAUUAUCUUUGACCCUCGCUUUAAGGCAAUACCAAGUCAUUCCGUUAGAAGAUCUUUAUUCGAGCAGUACGUAAAGACGCGUGCUGAGGAAGAACGCAGGGAAAAGCGUGCUGCUCAUAAGGCAGCUGUUGAAGGUUUCAAGCAGUUGCUGGACGAAGCGUCUAAGGACAUUGAUCAACACACUGAUUAUCAUGGUUUCAAAAGGAAAUGGGGGAAUGAUCUGCGGUUCGAAGCACUUGAGCGGAAGGAGAGAGAAGCUUUGCUGAAGGAAAGAGUCCUUCAUUUUAAACGCACUGCUGAACAAAAGUCUCAAGAAAUCCGCACAGCUGCUGCUUCUGAUUUCAAGACAAUGCUACGUGAAAGAGGAGUCUCAAUAAAUUCACAUUGGUCCAAGGUCAAGGAUAGUCUAAGAAAUGAUCCAAGGUAUAGAUCUGCUGUGCACGAGGAUAGGGAGGUCUUUUUUAAUGAGUACAUUGCGGAAGUAAAAGCUGCACAAAGAGGAGAUGAUCAUGAGACGAAAGCCAGAGAUGAAGAGGAUAAACUGAGAGAACGGGAGCGGGAAUUGCGGAAACGGAAAGAAAGAGAAGUGCAAGAGGUGGAAAGAGUACGCCAAAAAAUUAGAAGGAAAGAGGCAGUCUCUUCUUAUCAAGCAUUGCUAGUGGAAAAGAUCAGAGACCCUGAGGCAUCGUGGACAGAAUCUAAGCCGAAGCUUGAAAGGGAUCCUCAAAAACGCGCCUCUAAUCCAGAUUUAGAUUCUGCUGAUAAAGAGAAGCUAUUCCGAGACCACAUAAAGACAUUGUACGAGCGGUGUGCACAUGACUUCAAAGCUCUUUUAGUUGAAGUCUUGUCAUCGGAAGCUGCUUCUCAACAGACGGAAGAAGCAAAGACUGUGCUUAAUUCUUGGUCAACGGCUAAACAAUUACUCAAACCCGAUAUCCGCUACAGCAAGAUGCCCAGAAAUGAUAGAGAAGUCUUAUGGCGCCGAUAUGCUGAAGAUAUUUUGAGGAAACAGAAACAAGAAAGCCAUCAAAAGGAAGAGAAACAGAGAGAUUACAAGACUUAACAAUUGUUAAAAGAUCAAUUCUAAGCUCUUUUGAUUUCUCAUUCAUCAAUCAGCUUUGUAUACUUAAUAGAACAGCAAACCAUGCAAUCUUUUUUAAGUGCUUUUUUUUUUGUUUUUUUGGAACAACCUUCUUUUAAGUGUUUAUUUUUAACUUUUAGAACUAUAACAAAGAUCCUGUCUUGGAGGUAUUUUCUUGUAUUUUUUAAUUUUUGUUAACUAAA